AUGGUGAAGCUAAUGAAAACGGGAGGGUCUUUCUGGGCAAUCUGGAUCAAAUCACACCAAGAAGGUGAACAGACGACGGACACCGUACUCGCAGAACGGCGGCAGGCACUAGCUCUGGCGGACAAGGCAGCCGCAGAUGGACAUGGUGGUAUUUUGCCUGGUACAUAUAGUGAUGUCAUGGAAUGGGAUAUCGUUCACCUACUGGGCUCGGAUGGCAAACCCUUUCUUGGUAAAACUCGAGCUGCUAUGCAGAUGAUGGUGGACCAGCAGCGGCGCCAGGCCUGGGUUAAACACCUUAAUGAGAAACAGGAGCACCGACAAACAAUUCGAAUAGACGCCUUGAACACGCCAGAACUACUAGGAUGGAACGAUUUCGAGGCACGUUUCUACUGGAGGGCAAUCAGUCUGGUACUUCACACCAGCGCAAGGAAAAAUCUCUUCGACAGUAGAUGGCCAUCGCAUUGCUGGCUGUGCCCGGGUCAAGAAGUCGAUACUCAAGCUCAUAAAUUUGGUGCGGGAGGGCAACACUGCGCGCAGUAUCAGCGAGAAUGGGCACUACUGGUGGCCGGUGGAUGUGAUAUGUGGAUGAAUGCACGGAAUUUGACUGACCUCGUCGACUCGAAUAUUCAUGACUGCGGCAGCCAGUUAUUUCAGCUAGAGACCGAGCUUACAUCACACCGCCCUGCAGGUCGGCUUCUACCAAGAUGUCUACAACGAACAGCCCAGCAGUGCACUCCAUCGUUAGCACACUUCAGCUAUCAUCCCAGCCAGCUAUGUGGAGUUUGGAAUAUUGGUGUUCUACACAGUAAAUAUCCGUGUAACGAAGCCGCGCUGAUAGUGAAAUCUCCUGGGGAAGGCCACGACAGUUGGUGGAUUGAUGACAUUUUCUGUCCGGAGUCACGGCAAAGGUGGACCAAUACCAAGGAAUGGAUUCGAGCACAGCGAGAGCGGAAUGUCACUGUGUGGAUCGCAUGUUAUGAACGGACCGAAGGUCACAGAGCAGCGCUCCUUCUCGGAGUAGAUUGGUAUGUGCAUAUCCCGGCGCAGGGUAUUCGAAUGCGAACUGAUCUAGCGGCGCGUCAAACCAAUACCAGUAAGGCGAUAUUCACAGCAAAGAACCCUCGCGGUAUUUGGAUCGGCCUAGUCAAGACUGAGAUAUCGCACUCUGAGCACCAUACCUUUAACAAUGAAUGGCUGCGUGUGCUCGGCGGUCGCUAUACAACGGAGUGGGCAUGCUCGGAGGAUAUUGGUACAGAAACGCAUGCUGGGGACGAUAGAGUGACGAUGAUAGACUGGACCAGCAGCCUUGGGGCCGGCAUGGAGGAUAACGCAUUGCUGCAUAGCCAGCGAUGGCUCCACCGCCGCCAUCAUGCAAUAUAUAACGCCCCGAAUGGUUGGAGGGUGUGGCCUUCAGCCUCGUCAGCAACUAUGACAUGGGCAAGUGACCUAUCCCACAACAAAACCAAAGCGACCAAGUUGCACAACAUGACACUGGAAGCAAUUUGGGAGGCGAAUCGAUCGCACUGGGCCCAAACGUGCGAGGCCACAGCUAAAGCUAUCCAAGCAAGUACCUCUGCCGGACUCGAGACAAAUGCACUCUAA